AAGACUGCAAUGUAGGGGACGGGUCGAGUCUGCCGGAGUCUGAAAAGUGUCUGAAAGAGUAAUAGUGGUUUUCCAAAGUCAUAUUUUAUUUUCUGGGAGGAAAUUAUAGAGAAAUUUUUACUGACUGACCGUGUCAGUGUGGUUCCGUUUGAAAGGGUUGUUCAUUUUUCUCAGGAGAAACUUUUCCGAAGAACUGGCAUCGAGCUCGGUUUGAGGCAGCGCUUGUCAGGAUGGCCCAGUGGAACCAGUUACAGCAGCUGGAAACCAGGUAUCUGGAGCAGCUGUACCACCUGUACAGUGACAGCUUCCCCAUGGAGCUGCGGCAGUUCCUCGCCCCGUGGAUUGAGAGCCAGGACUGGGCUUUCGCAGCCAACAAGGAAUCACACGCCACUCUGGUGUUUCACAACCUGCUGGGCGAAAUCGACCAGCAGUACAGCCGGUUCCUGCAGGAGAACAACGUCCUCUACCAGCAUAACCUGCGCAGGAUCAAGCAGCACCUCCAGAGCAAGUACCUGGAGAAACCGAUGGACAUCGCUCGCAUCGUCGCCCGCUGUUUGUGGGAAGAGCAGAGGCUGCUGCAGACCGCCACCUCCGCUGCACAGGAUGGCCAGGCGGCACAUCCGACUGGAACAGUGGUGACAGAGAAGCAGCAAAUCCUGGAGCACAACCUGCAAGACAUCAGGAAGCGGGUGCAGGACAUGGAACAGAAGAUGAAAAUGCUGGAAAACUUGCAGGAUGAUUUUGACUUCAAUUAUAAAACCCUGAAAAGCCAAGGAGAGUUGUCUCAGGACCUGAAUGGAAACAGCCAGGCAGCUGCAACCAGACAGAAGAUGGCUCAGCUGGAGCAGAUGCUGAGCGCCCUGGACCAGCUCCGGAGGCAAAUCGUGACGGAGAUGGGAGGCUUGCUGACCGCCAUGGAUUACGUCCAGAAGAACCUGACGGAUGAAGAGCUGGCAGACUGGAAGAGGAGGCAGCAGAUCGCCUGUAUUGGAGGUCCACCCAACAUCUGCCUCGAUCGCCUGGAAACAUGGAUUACAUCGCUGGCCGAGUCGCAGCUCCAGAUUCGUCAACAGAUCAAGAAGCUGGAGGAGCUUCAGCAGAAGGUGUCCUACAAGGGCGACCCCAUCAUCCAGCACAGGCCCGCCCUGGAGGAGAAGAUUGUGGAUCUGUUCAGGAACCUCAUGAAGAGCGCCUUCGUGGUGGAGAGACAGCCCUGCAUGCCCAUGCAUCCAGACCGACCCCUGGUCAUCAAAACCGGAGUGCAGUUCACUAAUAAAGUCCGGUUACUGGUAAAGUUUCCUGAACUGAAUUACCAGCUGAAAAUUAAAGUUUGUAUUGACAAGGAAUCUGGGGAUGUGGCUGCAAUUCGAGGAUCACGAAAGUUCAACAUCCUUGGAACCAACACGAAAGUGAUGAACAUGGAGGAAUCCAACAACGGCAGCCUGUCGGCAGAGUUUAAACACUUGACCCUGCGAGAGCAGAGGUGUGGUAACGGGGGUCGGACCAACAGUGACGCGUCUCUGAUUGUCACGGAGGAACUCCAUCUCAUCACUUUUGAGACUGAGGUUUAUCAUCAAGGCCUGAAGAUCGAUCUGGAGACUCAUUCUUUGCCUGUGGUCGUGAUUUCCAACAUCUGCCAGAUGCCCAACGCCUGGGCCUCCAUACUGUGGUACAACAUGCUCACCAACCAUCCAAAGAACGUGAACUUCUUCACCAAACCUCCAGUGGGAACCUGGGACCAGGUGGCUGAGGUGCUGAGCUGGCAGUUCUCCUCCACCACCAAGAGAGGCCUGACCAUCGAGCAGCUCACCACACUGGCGGAGAAGUUACUCGGACCUUGUGUGAACUACUCUGGAUGUCAGAUCACCUGGGCCAAGUUUUGUAAGGAAAACAUGGCCGGCAAGGGCUUCUCCUUCUGGGUGUGGCUGGACAACAUCAUCGACCUGGUGAAGAAGUACAUCCUCGCUCUGUGGAAUGAAGGGUACAUCAUGGGUUUCAUCAGCAAGGAGAGGGAGAGAGCCAUCCUGAGCCCCAAACCGCCCGGAACUUUCCUGCUGCGCUUCAGCGAGAGCAGCAAGGAGGGCGGCAUCACCUUCACAUGGGUAGAGAAAGACAUCAGCGGGAAGACCCAGAUCCAGUCCGUGGAGCCGUACACCAAGCAGCAGCUCAACAGCAUGUCCUUCGCCGACAUCAUCAUGGGAUACAAAAUCAUGGACGCCACCAACAUCCUGGUGUCCCCUCUUGUUUACCUCUAUCCUGAAAUUCCAAAAGAGGAAGCCUUCGGGAAGUACUGCAGGCCAGAAGCCGCUCCGGAGCCUGACCCCAGCGACCCCUCAAACUUUAUCCAGCCAUACCUGAAGACGAAAUUCAUCUGCGUGACUCCGUGUCCCUCCGUGUUCAUGGACUUGCCGGACAGUGAUCUGCUUGCGAACGGCUUCCCAGGUACAAACUCUGGAAACACCAGUGACUUGUUCCCGAUGUCUCCCCGGACCCUCGACUCCCUGAUGCACAACGAGGCUGAAGCUAACCAGGGACAUUUGGAUUCCCUCACUCUGGACAUGGAUGUGACGUCUCCUAACUGAAAAACCUUGGUGGAGUUUGUGUAGCUCUUUGUUGAAAUGUAAUUUUUGUGUUGUGAUGGAGAAAAGUCGGUUAUUUGUUGUUGUUUUUUUUUUUUUUUUGCCGUCUGUGCGCUCAGUCCGACUGUACAGCUGGUUCACAUUCACCAAACCGGUAAGAACGAGAGUUUAGAAACAAUGUUUCUCUGAAAAGAAAAGAAAAGAAAAGAAAACGGAUGAGUCACUUCUUUAGGUUUCGUCUGUGACACACAGCUGACUUACACUGACCUGUUGUAUUUUUAGCAACAUCACACUUCCCCUUUUUCUUCACCUGAAAAAUACUUCAACACACGGACGCGUAUUAUAUUUUUGUGUUAUCGCCGUUUUAAGUGUUUAUUAAUUGACAUAUUCUAUGAAGAAGAAGAAGAUGUAAUGAGUUACUUGUUGUAUAAGCUACCCUGCUUCCAGGCUGUCCCGGUUUUCAUGCACUUGAACAGUAUUUGUCGGCUUGUUCCUGCCAAACGUCACGCCUUCUUUCCCGUCACGGUUUCCACACACGGCUGAACAUUUCAUGGACUCCUCAGAGCUGAUCGAAGUGUCACCAUAUCCAAAAAAAAAAAAAAAAAGAAGACGUGAUUUCUGUAAACUCGCUGGUUUUUCUCCAAGCUUUUUAUUCCACUCCCACUUCUGUUCUGUAAUA